AUGACAUCGUUACAUUUUGUAGUUCACCCAAUACCGGGUACGGAAGAUCAGUUAAAUGAAAGGCUCAAGCAAGUUUCAGACAAAAUUAACAGGUUUGGGUCUACAGUUCCAUCGGUGCUAGGUAGCCUCAGAGUCCCUGUAAAAACUAUCGUUGUUGGUCCAACACAUUUAGCUCUUUUACUCGAAGAUGGCCAUAUUUGUAGAGUUAAUUUUUCUGUUAUAACGGAUAGAUUAGAUUUGACAAAAAAAGAUCCUAAUAAAAAUAAUAAAUCACAGUUUAAUAAAGUCUAUGAGAAGAGUAAAAAAAUCCAUAUAAUUUUCAUAAAUGAGGUAAUAAUGUCAAAAGGUUAUGUGUUAAUGCGGAUUCAAAAAAAUUUAUUGCUGUGUGAUUUAUUUUUAAGGUCCAAUGUAAGUAAUGGCGGAAGUGGUAGACAGCUCAAUCGCAGUCGAACAACGAGGAUGGUUCGUUCGGCUGCCAUUAGAGGUUCAGGAUCUCGUUCAACAUCUGCAAGUUCUAUUAUGGCCACAAGACCCGUAGUUCCGGCGACUUACGUUCCUGAAGAAUUAGUGACUCAAGCUCAAGUUGUACUUCAAGGAAAAACUCGUAAUUUAAUUAUUAGAGAACUACAAAGAACCAAUUUAGACGUAAAUUUGGCUGUUAACAACCUUUUAUCGCGAGAUGAGGAAGAAGGUGAUGAUACAGAAGAAGCUCCGGAUUCUUAUGUUCCAGAAGAUUUAAUAUCUUUGUUAGAUGGUGGAUUCCAUGAUCAACAUUCGGUUAUUAUUGACGCUGAUUCAAUGUUUUCAGAGGAUACUUUUGGUUAUUCAACAAUUAGACGACGUCAGACCUCAGCUUCAGAUAGAGAUCCUGAAGAUUCAUCACGGCGACAUUCUAACCGAGAUAAUUUUCCUUCUUGGAGAGAAAGGCAAUAUUUAGGUCCCAGGAGGUGGUUAGAAAGUGCUUUAAGAGAUUCUUCUUGGGAUAAAGAUCCAGAUUCUAAAAAAAAGGAAUUUGCCCAACAAAGCCCUCUUUGGACAUCUGAUGAAUUAGAAUAUUGGCCUGACAAUAAUGUAAAGUUUACUAUGAUAGCAGCUCUUCACAGUGAACUUAUAGCUGUCUCAAGCACUGGUCAAUUAUAUCAAUGGAAAUGGAGUGAUCCUGAACCGUAUAGACACCCUGAUAAUCCGAAUGUUCGACACCCAAAAGCGAUUCAGCUUGGUUUAAUGUAUGAAAAAAUAACAAUGAUAUCCGCCACUACAAUCAGAGCUUCGGCUGUAACGGAAAAUAAUAAAGUUUGUACUUGGGUCGACGAAAUGUUGACUCCCGUAGCAGCCAAGUUGGAACAUCCUUGUCAGGCGUUUUCUGAGUUUAACAUGGAAAAAAUUAUAUCACUCCAUACAUGUACUCUUUACACUCUUGUUAAGUUAGAAGGUGGAGCUCUGUACUGGUGGGGUGUCAUGCCAUUUUCUCAACGUCGUAAAUUAUGGGAAAAAUUCAGAGCUAAAAGUCGUAAACACAGACCGUCGGCAAACACUCAGGAUAUUCUCGUCGGAAGUCAAGUUUGUAUGAAAAAUUCUCCAAUGUGCCAGCCUGGAGCUUUAGGAUUUACUGUGUCUUACGGAGUUCCUAAAGCUGGUCAAUUACAAAACUCUGCUUGGAACUUGACCGACGUUUGUCGAUUUAAAUUGGUUCCUUACGUGAGCGAAACUCAAAAAAGCUCAUUGAGCCAAAUCGGUGACAAAACAACUAGCCAUAAAGAAACGGCAGAUCGAUUGGACAUGCCUCCUCCUCCUUCGCCGGCUUCAAGUACUUGUUCCGAUACUGGAUCGACAUCUCAUAAGCGAGCGAAACGCCCUGCUACGAAAAGUGAAGAUCAUGACAAAAAAGACGAAGAAGAGUGGCCCUUGAAAGAUGUCAUUUUUGUGGAAGAUGUGAAAAGCGUUCCAGUCGGUUUAGUUUUAAAAGUUGAUGGAGCGUAUGCUGCUGUGAAAUUCCCUACGGUGAAAGAUAAUAGUUCUGGAAAAGAAUCUAAAGAAACUGACGAUUCUACUAGUCUUUUACAAGAAUGCAGAUUAAUGAGAACUGAUGAUUUGCAAGUUCUUAAAUCUAAUUCCACAUCUAGAUCCCCUGACUGCUUUCAAAGAGUUCCGAAAAAAGUAAAUAUUUCCGAUAGUGCUGGUCAAAUACUUACAUUAACGGUUGACGAUCAAGGAAUUCAUGCUAUUGUAAAAAAUGGCCGAAAACUGAGUUACGUUAUUUAUAAUUUAUCCAGUGGUAGAGCCGAACAAGAUAGUCCUUUUCCAAUGGAUUGCACAUCAUCUUUUCUUGGUUUAGAGCCUAGGAAUAUAAGCAUUACCAGUACUGGAGAAAGUAGCGAAAACGUGCUUAUUGUUCGAGAUGGAAAUUCGACCAUAUUUCCUAUGGCUAAAGACUGUUUGAAUUCGAUUAGAGAUCCCCAAUGGUUAGAUUUGCCACCGAUACGUUGUAUCGGAGCAGGAACUCACGCACUUUCUUCUGUUCCAAAUAAAAAUUUGAAAAAUCAGGUAGCUGUUAUUGUUAUGGCUGUGGAAAAUCAAAUUCUCAUGUCUAAGAUUUUAAGAUGUGAUUUAGAUGGAAUUAAAUCAGUGCUUAAUCAAAUUGAAAAUGAAGCCAAAGCCGGAAUUUCUGGUAUUAAUUCGACUUUAUCAAGUAUUCUGGCUGAGCGGUGCGAUGGAAAUAGAAAUAUAUUUCACGCUUGCGUGACCAUGUGCGUACCGACGAGCAAUAAAGAAGAACAAGAAACCUUUGGCAAUCCUCCGUCUGGAGGUCUCGAAUCUAUCAACGUCAUUUCAAGUGCUCUCGGUUCUCGUUCCGUUAAUCUUCGAGAAAUGAUGAGAAGAGCAACGGCAGCAGUACGAUCGGGAUCUGGAAGUGGAGCGAUACAUCCUUCGCGUGCUCCAGGAGAUCCUCCCAGUGAAGGAGAAACUCCUCCGUUAGCCUCAGAUGAACCUAUUCCAACUCUUACAUGGCCGCCUGAUACUGUAAAUCCAGGGGGAGAAGAUGACAGUUACAUCGAUUUAGCUUCAAAUCAAAAACCAAAUACGAGCUCGAACACAAAUAAAUAUAUGUUAUAUCCGACAGAAAGGAAAAACAAUGCUUUGACGGCUCUUAAGUUGUUAUGUGAAAGUCCUGCAUUAGAGCCCCACAUGUUGGAACUUCUAUCAGCCAAGGAUUCCCAAGGUCAGACUCCGUUCAUGCUCGGUGUAUCAUAUCGUGCUUAUCCGGCAGCAUCCAUCAUUCUAGACACCAUUCAAAUGGUUGCUGGAAAGCAAGCUGAAGGAGAAGUGAAAAAUUCAAUGAAUUCUAUGAUUUAUCCUCGGGGAUCUAAUCCGGAUCAUAAUCCGCUUCAUGUUCUCUGUUGCAAUGACACUUGUUCCUUUACAUGGACCGGUGCCGAACACAUUAAUCAAGAUAUUUUUGAAUGUAGGACUUGCGGUCUUACAGAAUCAUUGUGCUGUUGCACCGAGUGUGCAAGAGUUUGUCAUAAAGGUCAUGAUUGCAAACUUAAAAAAACUUCUCCUACUGCUUACUGUGAUUGUUGGGAAAAAUGCAAAUGCAAAGCUCUAAUCAUGGGUCAACAAGUUCCCCGAUUUCAACUUUUGUGCCAUCUUGUUUUAACUACUGAUUUGGUUUCCUAUCCAAACACCAGGGGAGAAAACAUAUUAUUGUUUUUGGUUCAAACAGUAGGAAGGCAAAGUGUUGAACAACGUCAAUAUCGAACUUCUAGACCUAGAAGCACGUCAAACAAUUCGAGAAAAACUCCGUCGUCUGACAUGGAGCAAGAUAUGCCCGAUCACGAUUUAGAACCUCCAAGAUUUAGCAGACGCGCGCUGGAAAGACUUUUAAACGAUUGGAACGCGGUUCGAGCAAUGCUAAUGUCCGGUAUGAGGGAAGUUGAAAAAGGAGCGCAUUUCGAGGAAGACGCCUAUCUUCAAGCUCAAAGUGGAAGCGCUUUACUGGAUAAAUUUACUCAUUGUCUACUUGUUAAGUGCAGCACUGAAAUGUUGGAUGCCUUACUAACUACUCUCAUUCGCGAGCUUCAAAAUAAUACAGAACCUGGAAGACAGGCUGAAGCUAAGGUGGUUUCAAGGCGUUUUAUUCGUUCCGUUGCUCGUAUAUUCGUUAUAUUUUCAAUUGAAAUGGGUAUAUUAAAUACUCAUAAUCAGCAUUUAUUAAAAUGUCGUCGUGCCUUCCAAGCUUUAAUUAAAAUUGCAAUCGAAGAAGUUUGCGAAAUUGCCGAUUCUUUAAUUACACCGGUUCGUUUGGGAGUCGUUCGACCUACUGCACCUUUUACUCUUGCUAGCUCAACUUUAGAAGCUAUAAACGGAUCCGAAGAAUUGUUUUCCGUGGAACCUUUGGCUCCUAAUUCAACCAAUACGAGUCGUGGCUCAGUGACGUCUGUUUCCAUUCACGUUCCUCCAGCAGCUUCUACUCAAUCGCAAUCGAAUGCAAUGGAAAUUGAUGAUGUUGACACUAAUGAAGGAAUGGUUGCCGACGAUGACAAUAGCGAACAAGAAGAUAUCGCAGACCGACCAGCAGAUAGAGGUGAGCCACUGGAAAGGGAUAGCGCCGACGUGGGAAAUAGUCACGUGGACGAUAAUGAUCAAAGAGACGAUCAAAGUGAUACAACUGAAUUAGACUUGUUAGCUGAAUCGGAAAGUGAUUCUGAUGAUAAUCAAAGCAAUCAAGAUCCAACAUCGGCUCAAAGCAGAAGUGAACAAACUGGUGCCACACUGGGGUCCGAUACCGGAAUAGCAUCAUUGUUGCUUUAUCCAGAUGAUGAGUCUGGCGAUUCGAGUCAGCAGGAAGAAGAAGAAAGCGAGGCUGGGGAAACGGAUGAGCACGAUGCCACGGAAGAUUUGACUCUUUCAGAAGAACAAUUGGAAAGACGGUCUUCUCAAGCCGGUCACGGGUCUAGGAACAAUCUUGCGCCUCAGACUAUGCAAUGGGCAAUAAGAACUAGAGAGACGAGAGGAGGAAAUAGAGCUUCAGGAGUUCGAGUUACUGGUGGAAAUUCUUUGGUUUUUAUCGAUCCUACAUCUUUGAGAAGAUCUACUUCGGCUGCCGUUGCGGCCGCAGCCACUCAGGAGCCGGCCACAAUGGCAACCACUGCAAGUUGUUUGGCCAGGGCUUUUGCAAUUGUCGUUCGUCAAAUUACGGAUUUGUUAACCAUGCUGCAAGAUUAUCAUGCACUCCUACCAUCUUUACCGCGGACAUUAGAUGUGUCAUACCAAGACUCUAUAGAUUUACAACUUUAUGUGGAUUACCGUCUCAAACCAACGUGGGACUGGUUAUUAAUGGUCAUGGAUUCCACCGAAGCACAAUUACGCUUCGGUGCAGCUUUGACACACUCCUCAGACCCCAAUCAUCCAGGAAACGUUGUUAAUACGACCGGAAACACUGCGAGACAACCUUCUUCUAACACUCAUCGUCCUGUCACUUCUAGUGGAUCGGCAAACACUGCUACAAGAAUGGUUGGAUUCGGUGGAACCGGAAACGUUCAUUCAUCUCGACGCGAAUUGCUUUCUUAUUGCUUGUCCCUGAUGAGAGCUCAUAAUGCGGAACAUCUUGAUUCACUUCCGGUUUUGGAUGUUUCCGCUCUUAAACAUAUAGCUUACGUUUUAGAUGCUCUUAUUUAUUACAUGCGAUCUGGAGUUGGUCAGGAUUGUGUUUCGGCCAAUAAAAAUUAUAACAUCGUUGAUAACUGGAACACUGACCAGGAUGAAAAUGAAAAUGAUGAAAAUGACGAUGAUUUGACGCGAUCCAUCGCUUUGUCCACCGAUUCUUUAGAUGAUAAUGAAUUAUCAAUUGGAGGCGGAAGAGGGAGAAAACAUUCGUUUUUACAAAGAUCGGAUUCUACUUUGUGCUUGGGUUGCCCUCCACCGGAUCCUUUUGAAACACCUCUUGCCGAGGCACUUCCAUUAGCCGAUCAACCUCAUUUACUUCAACCGAAUGCUGAAAGAGAGGAUUUAUUUGGAAUUCCCAAGCAACCCAUAACCAUACCGGCUUCUUCUUCGAGAAGUUCGGUCGCUAAAAUUCCCGGUGAUAAUUCCGCAGCUAGAUCAUCCGAUAAUAAAGAAACUCCGCCGGUCAUGAGCAGAGGAGAUCAAUCUUCGAAUGUUCAACCCAAGGCAGACUCAGAAUUUCACGAAUCCGAUAGUGAUGCUCCGCCAAAGAAAAUAAAAAAACCAAAUUCACCGUUAAAUAAUACCCCACUCCUUAAUUUGUUCCUUACGUCUCCUCACGCCGAACGCACCGCAACUCCUCCCUCUUCUCCUGCCAUGAUGCUUCAACAAACCGUCGGUCAAGGAGUUUCUCAUAAUUUAUUACUUAGACGUUGGAAAUUUUCCUUGGAUUUAUUCGGGCGGGUUUUUAUGGAAGACGUGGGUUUGGAACCUGGUUCGGUGGUAGCCGAACUAGUCGGAUUUUCCGUUAAAGAGGCCAAAUUUAGACGUGAAAUGGAAAAACUAAGGAACGCUCAACAGAGAGAUAUAACAUUGACAAAAAUGGAAAGAGAUAGAAAUCAAUUAAUACUUUCAACAUUUAAAGAACUCAACACUCAGUACAAUAAUUAUCAUAGAAGGCUGUCACCGCCACCUCUUGCUGUGAAUCGCGUCAAAGUCUUUUUCAAAGAUGAACCAGGCGAGGGAAGCGGAGUCACCAGGAGCUUUUACACGGCAAUAGCUGAAGCUUUGCUUGCGAACGAGAAACUUCCGAACAUGGAUUCCGUGCAAAUAAGCGUCUUGGAGAGAAUGCGAACCGGGGACAUGAUACCCCGAUCGGUAAUGAUUAUCAUCCUUUUUUAUCAUUUUGAAAACGCGGCAAGAGAUUCCUCAGCCCUAAGACUGAUGCCUGAUCCUCGCGCAAGACGAUCGCUGUCGAUGGAAGCCAGACCGUUCAAACCGGCACCGACGGGUUCGGAAGCAAGUCAACCAAAUAGAAAUGAACAUUUGUCUCACCAUCAAAAACAAUUAGGGGACAGGCUUUAUCCAAAGGUUUGCGCUUUAAGACCGGCUUACGCUGGUAAAAUAACGGGAAUGUUGCUAGAACUUUCUUCCGGUCAACUUUUGAUGCUUUUGGCGAGUGAAGACGCACUCAGGCAAAAAGUAGAUCAAGCAUUUGAAAUGAUAUUAAGUUAUGGAGAUGAUAACGGAUCAGCAAGUCAUUUAGGUAUUAAUUUACUUUACAAAAUGAAAAUUUUUAACGAACCGCGCGCCGAAAAGAAGGGAUUAACGAAUAAUUUAGGAGAUGCGGAAUUGACGGAAGCACAAGAAGAUAAUUCUCCACUUUUUUACUCGCCUGGAAAACGUGGAUUUCAUUCUCCCCGACAGGGUAGAGGAACUUAUCAAAGACUAAACGCUUUUAGAAAUGUAGGACGAUUAUUAGGAUUAUGCUUAUUACAAAACGAAUUGUGCCCGAUAUUUUUAAGCCGCCACGUAUUAAAAUACAUAUUAGGUAGACCCAUUAGAUUCCACGAUCUUGCGUUUUUCGAUCCGACCAUAUACGAAAGCUUGAGACAGUUGGUUGUCGACGCGGAAACUAAAGAUGGGCCGACCAUGUUUAACGCAUUAGAUUUAAGUUUUAGCAUCGAUUUAAGCGCUGAGGAAGGGGGUGGAACGGUGGAUUUGGUUGCCGGAGGACGAGACAUUCAAGUAAACGUUUAUAAUGUAUACGACUAUGUAAGGAAAUACGCCAAAUAUAAAAUGGUUAAAGCUCAGGAAAAAGCUUUAGAGGCACUCAGAACCGGAGUAUUCGACGUGCUUCCGGUGGGGUCUUUAGACGGUUUGACAGCCGAAGACAUUCGGUUACUUCUCAACGGAGUCGGCGAUAUAAACGUUGCCGUUCUCAUAAGUUACACAUCAUUCGAAGAUGAAUCCGGUGAAUCGAGCGAGAGAUUAGUUAAAUUUAAACGUUGGCUUUGGUCGAUCGUCGAUAAAAUGUCGCACAUAGAAAGACAAGAUCUUGUGUAUUUUUGGACCGGAAGCCCUGCUUUGCCUGCGAGCGAAGCCGGAUUUCAACCCAUGCCAUCGGUAACCAUAAGGCCAGCCGAUGAUUCUCAUCUUCCAACGGCCAACACUUGCGUAUCGCGGCUUUACAUCCCUUUGUAUUCAUGUCGACAGGUUCUUCGUCACAAGCUUCUUAUGGCCAUAAAAACAAAAUUAUUCGGAUUUGUUUAA